UGUAAAUAUAGUAAAUAUUGUUUUUAACAUUUUUAAGAAAAACCAAUGAAUCGCGUAAAAAGACUGAUGACUUACAGCAAUUCAUGGAAAUUUGCCAGGAUAUUGAGGAUCUUCCCUCACCGUCAAUUUAUUCAAUCUAUUGAUAUGGUGGUGAUUGGAGCCGGUGGGAUUUUGCAAAAGUACAAAGGGAAGAAAAUUGGCCUUUUUCUAUUUAAUGAUUUAAUUGAAAUUGCAAAAUCACGAUUCUGCACCUCUGAACUUGAUUCAACACUCGGGACUUCAAGUGGCUUAAAUACUUCGUUUAAUAGCGGCAGUAGCGGAACUUUACCUCGUCAAAAGUCUUUGAGUUUUUUGCGCCGUGGAGCUAGUUGGAAAAAGGAGAGAAGGCGUUAUAAACAUAUUGACCAUUAUCGAUUUGCAAAUUUUCGAUCUGUUGAAUUUGAAAGAGAACAUGAGGUUUUUAUUGUGAAAAUUCGAGACCAAAAGGCAGAUGAACUUUGUUUUUUCCAGCCCACCAAUGGCUUCACUAUGGAUAUGGGUGUAGACUUUUUUGAAAAUCUUGUACAAUUGAUAGUUUCAAGUUCUACUCGAGAUAUUGCUGUUGAGGAAGUAAAUAUUGGUCGUAUUCACAGUCAAAGUGAGAAUAGGCCAGAAGAAGUAGAAUCUAUUGUUAAAGCAUUAAGAAUUGCAUCUGAGCUUAGCCGAACUGGUACAAUUCGCCGUAGGAAUUCGCUUCGAAGAAGUAUUUCAAAUAUUGCAUUGGGCGCAGGUUGGCCACACAUAAAACGAACUGGGAGUUUGAAGAAAUCUAAUUUGGGUGAUAUUAGUGAAUCUUAA